AUGGGAGAAAAACUUAAGAGAUACAUUGUUCCAAUACGUUAUUUGAGUAAUCCCAUUUUUCAGCAACUGCUAGAGGGUGCUGCCGAGGAGUAUGGCUACCCUAGUCAGAAAGCCAUUGUUUUGGCUUGCAAUGAAUCCAUCUUCCAAAUGUUCAUGGAUUCAAGGCUAAGUGAUUCCUAG